CUGAGUGCUUGCAACAUCGUCAAUGCACUGGACAGGCAAGAGCAUGGAAACCUUGUUGGAAUUAUCUUGGGAUAGCUUCAGAUAGGGACUCGGACGAUUUAACAAAAUAAGAAACUUGGCUUCGUCAUGCAUAUUGUAAAAUGGAUAGGAAUUACUGUUAAUUUGAUUUUCUUUGAAGCUAUAACAGCCAUAUACUUCCCUCAGAAGAACUAUUCAAUCACCAUAUCUUCAGAUCUCAAAAGGGGCACCGAGUUACUUAAGAUUUUCGGUUUACCCGAAUACAACGAGAGUGGAGGAGUUGUGUACGCUUUGGAUAGUACAGCAUCUCCUCGGGGUGUGCAACAAAGGAUUUAUAAAAAUGACCCAGAUGAUCCGAUAUUUGGAAUCCAAGCAAAUACUGGGAUUGUGUACUUAAGGAGACCGAUAUCUACUAUUUCAGAUCUUAAAGAAAUACCCCCAAAGCGUCCUCUUAGGAACUACACGGAGUUCUCUCUGAAAGUGUCAGCAUCCCUUGCAUCAGAGUCUGCCGCACACCGCCGAAGGACCGCAUCAGCCGAUGUUGGUAUCUUCGUUGCCAAGCCGUCUGUCCCAGGGAGGCAGACUGCAGGCUGCGCAGGGCAUGAGACGGACCGGCGGUACUGCUUCAGUGAGACACCAACAGACCUGAUGCUACAAGAGAAUGGAUCCAUCUCAAGAUUUGUGCGGCUGCGAUCAAUGGUGCUCGAGAAUCGCUGUCAGCAUCUUACGUCCAAGUAUGAAGUAAAGAAAGUAUACUACAGCUCGGGGGGAAGCAAAGCAACCAGUUUGCCCUUCAUCACAGUAGACAAUGCGUCAUCAGAAAUGGAGAUAAACGGAAGUCUUGACCGAGAUAUCAGCUACGGCAGCAAGUUUGUUGUCGUGCUCCUCUGCCACUUGUACGAAGGUGAAAAGAUCCAGGAUUACAGCAUGACUCUCAAGUUCAGUGUUCUUGAUGUGAAUGACAAUGGGCCGAUGAUACUCACCUUUAAAAGCCCGGCCACGCAGGCCAAAACGAAGAGACUGAAGACAAUGUCCCGUGAUAGAUUCCUUCGCGGUGUAGAACUUGUCGUGACGGACAACGAUGACGUUCAGGAGGGAACUUAUGACGUCAAGGUGGAUGAUCCCCUGGGGAACCUUGUUGUUGACAAGGUAUCCAUCAUGAAACUAUCAAUGGGAAAAAGCUUGGUCAACGCGAUGGUGAAGCACACUGGAGUGGACGAUAUUCCACAGCAGUCCUAUACAUUCAGAUUGUUGUUCAAUGAUACUACCAUGCUGCCUACGGUAAAUGCCUCCUCACAGGCUGUCUAUGACGUCACAAUAGAACUACCCCCUCUACCGACUGUCAAAUCAGCUGCAGACGACAAGUGCAUUGUAAUAGGUAACAGGUCUGCCGCCAUUCUGUCGAGAAGAGCUGGGAAAUUCACCAGGUUGACACUUCCCAUCGUCUCGGCGUCAGAUCUCGCCUACCAAAACCUGACGUUCAGAAUCACCAAAGAGGCGCACCUGAAGGGUGGCUUUGGUAUCACUCCCAAAAAGGGUAUUUUGUUCGUGGAUUCCGAUGACUUCCGGUCGUUCAAGAAGAACAGGACCAGCAUUGAGGUGUCCGUGUUUGAUGCCAGGUGCAACAGGACGUCGCUUGUGAACGUUACAAUAAUUCUCCAAGGCGCAAUUGGAAAGGGAAAGGGAACUUGCAAUACGUGGUGCGCGGAGAGCUAUGAGAAAAGUGACUGCAUUAAGUCGUGUGGCUAUGGUGCCCCGAAUGGGACGUGUACGAUGAGGGAGAGUCAAGGCAUGAGGCGGAGCAGUCACUACGCCACCUGUUCCCCCGACCUCGAGUAUUGCCCUGAUGGAAUAUGUGAUGAACUAGAAAGCAUUCGCCAUAUCUGCCCACAGGACUGUACGAAGGAAACGCCCACAGGAUGUGCACUAUCCCAACGAUACGGAGAGAAGCAGGGUAUAUCCAUGGCCACCACAGUCUGGUGUGGUAAGGUUGGCAGCAACUGCAACUGUGAUAUAAACCCAAAUAUAUCCACUAAUCAUUCAGUAGGUGGAGCGACAACACCCAGUCCUUUGGAGGGAAAGCCUGGUGGGGCCACCACGCCUAAGAGCAAGGAUGCGCACACGAGGCUUGCCCAGCUACAAGGUGAUGAUGUUGUGAAAGUGAAUGCCAACGCUUGUGACCACGUGUGUCGUCUGAUCAUUGGGCUGUCUGUCAGCUCGGCUGCUAUCCUUGCUAUGGUCGGAUUCAUCAUUUAUCGGUUUUACAUCAGAGGAGCAAGAAAGUCUGAUGAUAUGAAACACGUGAACAGCGUGGUGUCUCUAAACGCUAUUCCCUCGGAUUACGUCGACGGAAACGAACGAAGACAAUCCAUGGCCAUCUCUGGUCAUUCCAUUGAGUGGUCGCCUCGAAUCGUUGGUCAGGCUGUGCCAGUCGAUGAUAAAUGGGAGUACCCAAGAAAGCACAUCACACUGGAGAAGGUUUUAGGGGAGGGCGAGUUUGGAAGGGUUCUGCAGGCAAAGGUUCCACCCAUCAAUGGUUGCGAUAAGGAAACCACUGUUGCCAUCAAGAUGCUGAAAAAUUGUGCAUCCGUUUCGGAGCUUCGGGACCUCCUCUCCGAAUUCAACCUCCUGAAGGAUGUCUCCCAUCCUAAUGUCAUCAGAUUGCUGGGAGCGUGCACAAAAAGUGGUCCGUUUUAUUUGAUUGUUGAGCACUGCGAGCAUGGCUCCCUGAAGAAUUAUCUCCGGCAGAAACGACAUGUGGAGGCCCUAUAUCUGGGACCAGUUCGAACACGUGGGGAACCUUCAAGCGACGAUGAGUACGAAACACCAAUCGAUAGCUCAAUGCCCAGUGAUCCGGAAAGUGAUGACGUCAUUUCCGCCAGGGACCUGAUAUCGUUUGCAUGGCAGAUUGCAAAAGGAAUGGAAUAUCUCGCGUCGAUGAAGCUCGUCCAUCGCGAUCUAGCUGCGAGAAAUGUUUUGGUUGCCAAGGGUAAAAAAGUCAAGAUCUCUGAUUUCGGGCUCACGCGAGACAUCUACGAGGCAGACGCUUACACAAAGAAAACAAAGGGCCGAAUACCGGUAAAAUGGAUGGCCCCCGAGUCACUCUACGAUCAGGUCUAUACUACCAAGAGUGAUGUAUGGUCCUGUGGUAUUGUUUUAUGGGAAAUAAGCACCCUUGGGGCCACCCCGUACCCUGGCAUUCCACCAGAGCGACUCUACAACAUUCUGAAGACAGGCUACAGAAUGGAAAGGCCCGAUAAUUGCUCAUAUGAAAUCUAUUCGAUUAUGUCAAAAUGUUGGAGUACCGCACCCAUCGACCGACCCUCAUUUCAAGACCUGGUGGCGAGGUUUGAGGAAAUGCUGUCAGCUAAUGUGACGUACCUAGAUCUGACGUCAGCCGUUGAACACAUCCCAAUCGUAGACGACAAAGAUGGAGAAGAUAACCCAGCAGUACCAAGAGUUGUUACUGAGCGACCAGGGCUUGACGAGGACCCAGACUACGGCAGCAUCAGCAUUCUAUCAUUGGACGCCAACGCAUACCUUUCACCCAACACUCACAAUACCAGAGAGGACUAUGAUGGUGAACUCAAUAUGGAGGAGAGCGGGCCCACUGAUGGUGCAUGUGAGCGGACAAGGCUGCUGGUCCUGGACAUGCCGCGUGAGCAGAGGAAGUCCAAUGAGGGCUCAGACGACGAGGAAGAAGACGUGGAAGAGGAUUUGCUGAAGGCAGUGGCUGUCUGAAUAAUUCCCAGAUAAGCUGACCAGGCAGCAGACGAUGGCCAGUGUGCUAUACAUUUGUUGCAUUCCAUACUUAUUUUAUGUCAUGCACAUCGUCUGGUGGAAUUUUAAAGUUUGAAAAGUGAGGUUUGGGGCCCGCCUGGUAUAUCUUAAACGGUGAGUUCCGCAGAAGGUUUCGAGCAGGUUUGGUACGCUUUUAGCUGAAUACAAUAUGAAUUCCAUAAUAUCACAAAAAAUGGCAUUGUGCAUUUUCAUCCAAAUACUCCAUCAUCGCCUAGUCAUUGUGCAAUCAUGAUAUAUUCAAUCUAGGUGUCUGUUUAUACUGUAACUCACCAAUCGCAUGCAGCAAAUCGAUUAUUGAACAACGGACAGUGGUGACAGCAUUGUCCGGUUCCAGAAGCUCUCCAUCGAUGAGGUGCUAAGAUAUAAUGUACUCCACUUUCACUCGUCAUGUCUACACUUCAAUACUAAAGAGGAGUCGUAUAGGUAUUAAGAUAUCAAACUUUUGCUGCAGAAACGACCGAAAUUCAUCAAAGUCGCCAUCAUUUCUACUUUCUUUGCUAUAUCAUUCCAUGAUAUCGUUUAUCAUAUAUAUAUAUAUCUAUCAUUAAGGUUCGUGUACGGAGGAAAACAGACAAAGGGAGUGGUAUUGGCCUCGUCCCUCUCCAGCCGAGAAAGUAGAUGUUCGGGUUGACGAAUAGACUGUCUCGCGAGUCCAGUAUUAUUCGGCCUCUAUUUUGCUCUCAUCCGUGAUUUUGUUAUUAACAAUUUUCAGAACGUUCCACGUGACCGCAUUAAGUUUUCGAAUAUUUUGACAUCUUCUCUUGUACACGAUUCUUAAUACAUCAUUUCAAUAUCAUUUGAUACUAGAUUUCAGAUCACAUUAGCGAUUAUGAGACAUAAAGUACUAUAUACCGUUAUGUAACAAUGGCAGCAAUGGUGAAAUUAAGAAGUUUGGCGUCCUCCUAUAUCAUACUUUACGGAUUUAUACGUUUUGACAAUGUAAUCAACCUAUAUAAUGAUGUCGUAUAUUAACUUUCUUGUGGCAUCCUGUUGUGUUGCUAUAUAUAUUGUAGGUGAAACAAUCCCUUCUGGCGUGAGCAAAUUUUCUGACGCAAAGCGUAUUUUAAUUUUAUAUGUAGAUUAUAAUCAUGGGUAGAAAAGCAACACUUAAUUAACGAAAAACAUGUUUGAUAGCGUUUUGUCGCUUGGAGUGAACGCACGCAUACACAUGUAGAAGAACGAGAUAUACCAGUACCGUACGAAAUAGAUACACUUAAUGUGGUCAUAACAGUUUUGGUCUAUAAGACAAUUGAUUCAUGAACAUGUUUGAGACAUGUAAGAGGUGCAGACGGUCUUGGCGGUGCAUCUCACAUGUCUCAUAAACCACGAAAAGAAAUUCCAUGUGUAUUCACCAAUGAAUCUCAUACAAUAGUAUAACAAAAUAUUUCGUAUGAUGGUCUUAAGUGCCAUCUAGCCUAGUUUAAACAAGUUUUAAUUUAUUGAUUACAUUUGUAUAACGCAACUAAGUUGCAAUGUUCUAUCAUUGUACAAUGUAUUAUAUUGGGCAGGUCUGGCAACCCUUACGAACGACGAAGAACAAGACACAGAGACCAUUGGCGUCAUCAAGUCCUGAGGAAUUCAUUCAGCCAGAUACUCGUUAAUCAUCGUCUAUCCUUACUUAUACGAGGAAUAGGGGAAAUAUUUUACUUUAAAGGUCCGUUAGAUGUAUACUUCGUCGUUCGUAUAUCUCUUCGUGAGGAUUGCGCUGGAAACCUGCCUAUUCUUAUACUGUUUUUUUCUGUAAAUAAAAAAUAAUCAUAAUAUUAAUGUACUGGAUGGAGUAUCCAUAUCAACUAAACGGAAGAAUGCGUUAUUAUCGAAGUGUCACGCUGACUUUGUUCUCCAAACACAACCUCACCACGACGCCCCCAAAAAGAGUCUCCGACGAGACGUUCACAACCACAAAGAGCUUUGAGCGAGAGGUUCAAGAUACACAGGAUAGCGCUUGCUAUACUCUUGGGGGCGUUGGCUUGCUAGGGACGUUACACAGCCCACCAAGUAGCAGAAAAGAGACCGUCGAUGUUGUCCAAUGAAAGUUACCGUGUAAUCAUUAAAACUGUAUACGACUGUUGUUUACUUUUAAACUAAAGGGACCAAGAGAAGGAUGCAUUUCGAGUAGCAAUUGUCUAGAGUAGUCCAAUGGUUUGGUUUUGGUUUUGUAGGCCUAUGUAAAAUUACAUAAAGUGAUGACUGAUUUAAAAAAAGCUACCACACCCGUUUCUUCUACAUGUAUAGUUUUGUUGCGAAGACCAGGACUACUUCCAAUUUCGGUGAGCUAGACCUAUAAAUAUGGGCCGGUUUGAAGAAAACCACUGUCUGAGCACAUCAAAUUAUAGGAAGUACAUGUCUAUCGUCUGCAUCUGCGUUACGGUCACAACAGAGCGGGCGACAUUCUGGUUCUUUUCCGGCCUGCUGAUCUUCGGAACAAACAUCACUCUUCAAUCAGUUUUAACUUGUCACUCAUCACUCGAAGAUAAAGUAAAGCAAAAAUGUCUGUGACUGCAGAAAACUUCAAAUUUGGCGUCCCCAAUUACUCCAUGUAUAUUCAGCUUAACUUGUUUUCCAAAUGAACGGCGAAUAUCAAUUUAUGAUCAAGCAGAGCUAAACAUUGUUGUACAGUAUAUAUAUAUAUUAAUAGAUCAUCCCGUUACAAUGUCUUACGUAUAUUGUUACAUGUAAAUUAUAUA